AUGUCCAACCAAGGGAGCAAGGCUGUUCUUGGGACUGUCCUCGUGGGAGCUGGUGCUGGCGAUGCGGUGGCCGAGUCGGACGUGGGAAGCACCCAGAGCGGGGCCGGUGCUGAUGUUGAAGCUGCUGCUGGGGAGAGUGGUGGACCGUCACCGGAUGAGACCCUGCUCAACUUUCUGGCCAUUGUGGGCGAGGAUGUGGAGAUCGAGUUUGCGCGGUCGUUCCUCGAAUCGUGCGGCAACUCGCUCGAGAUUGCUGUCCCGUCGUUCCUGGAGAACUUUGGCAGGCGGAGCGCGCCGUCGUCGUCGGCAGCGACGUCGGGCGGAGGAGCGAUGGGCGGAGGUGGGUCUGCGGCGGCCAAUGCUUCGCGCCCGCUGGGCUCGAUCCCAGGCAUGUCGUCGAGCCGCGGAGGACGGAGCUCGUUUGGCGGCCGCGGCGGGCUCGGCUCGGGCCUCUCCGAGUUUGAUUAUGUCAUGGACGACCGCGCAGAGAUCUCACACCCUGCGGCGAAUAGGUCCAACUCGCCGCCGCUCGGCUCCAUGCCGUACGAUGCCGGCACAGCCUCGGAGCUGUGGUCGAACACAUGCACACGGGUCCUGUUCGGCGACGCGCCUGUGGAGCAGCCGGCGUUCUUCAUCGGCAUCGGUGGGCCGACCAGCGACGGCGCAGCUGGCAGGAGCGGCGACGGUGUGCCACGUGUCUGCACCGCGUGCGCCCAGACAUGCCAGUCGCGCAACCGCAAUCUGCGUGUCGACACCAACGCGUAUGAGCCGAUGGUCUGCGCUUGCCAGCACUGGCCGGCCGAGUCUGAAGAGGGCACCGCGUUCUGCCUCUACCGCGAGCGGCCUGUCAUGGUGCUCGGCGACAGCGAGCGGAGCGAGGUGCUGGCUGACAUGCGCGCGGCUAUGCCGGCGGCCAUGGCGGUGGUGGAGGAGUUUAUGGCGGCGGCGGCCAACGACGCGCUCGAGGAUCUGUUCACCUUUGAAGAGGCCGAUGUGCUCGAGGGCGACUUUCUCCGCUCGCUUCGCCUCUAUCUCAAGAUGGAGUUUGCACAGGGCGCAACGGCCGAGCUCGGGAAGAACCUGGCGGCCUUUGCCGAGCUGGCGCUCGCCCGCCCGGUCGGCGACCAGGAUGCCAACGCCCGUGCCGCCCAAGUCGCCGCCAACGCCGCCCUCACCAUCCUUACCCCGUCUUCGGAUCGCGCGCCAGCCCGCUGGGCCGCCGCCGCCGCUGCCGCUGCCCAGGCCCACGAGCGCGUCGGCUCGGCUCUUCGUGCCCGCGAGCUCUACGAGCAGGCCCUUGCCGCGUAUUCUGCUCAGGCCUCGCCCGACGUCGACCGCGUGGCAGCCCUCACAGCCGGCAUCGACCGCCUCUCUGACUCGACCGCCACAGUGAGCAGUGGCGAUGGUAGCGAGAGCGUGACCGAGGACGGCAACGACGUCAGCGCCAUUGAUCCGUAA